CCUGUACUACACAGUAAGAUUGUCUCAAAAAAUAACACACACACACACAGAAGUGUGAAGUGUUAAGACACAAGUCUUAAGUCUUUCCUACUGUGAGUCUGGUGUUGGGUGGUACAGUGACCCCACUCACGGGUAUGUGACCUAACUCUGCCCUUGAGAACUGGUCAAGGGGCCCAGAGCCUCUUGGUGCUUCAGCGGCCAAAGAAACCUGCUUUUAAAGUUCUCCUGCCCCAGGGCUGAAAACAACGGAAACCUUGGCAGUGGGACCCAGCGCUGCUCUCAGAGGCCUCCUGGUUGCUGAUACUUCUAUCCCAGGGCCCCUGGCCCCCGCUCCACCUCCCCCAUCCGCCCUUCUGCUCACUCCCAGUUGCAGGCUAUGGCUGCUGGUCCCGUCGCUCUCACUGCCAUGAGGCCUGCACUUUGCAAGGCUGAAGUCCAAAGUUCAGUCCCUUCGCUAAGCACACGGAUAAAUAUGAACCUUGGAGAAUUUCCCCAGCUCCAAUGUAAACAGAGCAGGCAGGGGCCCUGAUUCACUGGCCGCUGGGGCCAGGGUUGGGGGUUGGGGGUGCCCACGGGGCUUGACUAGUGGGAUUUGGGGGGGCAGUGGGUAUAGCAAGCCUGGUUUGUGACUGCCAGCCUGCCGGCAAGUAGACACCGGCUGCGGGUGGGGGAGGCGGCUAGCUCAGUGGCCUUGGGCCGCGUGGCCUGGUGGCAGCGGAGCCAUGGUUUCUAAGCUCAGCCAGCUGCAGACGGAGCUCCUGGCUGCUCUGCUGGAGUCCGGCCUGAGCAAGGAGGCUCUGAUUCAGGCCUUGGGGGAGCAGCCAGGGCCCUACCUGAUGGUUGGAGAUGGUCCCCUGGACAAGGGGGAGUCCUGCGGUGGGAGUCGAGGGGACAUGGCCGAGCUGCCCAAUGGCCUGGGGGAGACGCGUGGCUCGGAGGAUGACACGGAUGACGACGGGGAAGACUUCGCGCCACCCAUUCUGAAAGAGAUGGAGAACCUCAGCCCGGAGGAGGCAGCCCACCAGAAAGCCGUGGUGGAGACACUUCUUCAGGAGGACCCAUGGCGCGUGGCAAAGAUGGUCAAGUCCUAUUUGCAACAGCACAACAUCCCACAGCGGGAGGUGGUGGACACCACCGGUCUCAACCAGUCCCACCUGUCGCAGCACCUCAACAAGGGCACCCCCAUGAAGACGCAGAAGCGAGCUGCUCUGUACACCUGGUACGUCCGCAAGCAGCGAGAGGUGGCUCAGCAGUUCACCCACGCAGGGCAGGGAGGACUGAUUGAAGAGCCCACAGGUGAUGAGCUGCCAACCAAAAAGGGGCGGAGGAACCGGUUCAAGUGGGGCCCAGCCUCCCAGCAGAUCCUGUUCCAGGCCUACGAGAGGCAGAAGAACCCCAGCAAGGAAGAGCGGGAGACCUUAGUGGAGGAGUGCAAUAGGGCGGAGUGCAUCCAGAGGGGGGUGUCGCCAUCACAGGCACAGGGGCUAGGCUCCAACCUUGUUACAGAGGUGCGUGUCUACAACUGGUUUGCCAACCGGCGCAAGGAAGAAGCCUUUCGGCACAAGUUGGCCAUGGACACAUACAACGGACCCCCGCCAGGGCCAGGCCCGGGCCCUGCGCUGCCAGCUCACAGCUCCCCAGGCCUGCCCACAUCCGCCCUCUCCCCCAGUAAGGUCCAUGGUGUGCGGUAUGGACAGCCUGCAACCAGUGAGGCAGCCGAGGUGCCCUCAAGCAGCGGCGGUCCCUUAGUGACAGUGUCUACGGCCUUACACCAAGUGUCCCCCACAGGCCUGGAGCCCAGCAGCAGCCUGCUGAGCACUGAGGCCAAGCUGGUCUCAGCCACUGGGGGUCCCCUGCCUCCAGUCAGCACCCUGACAGCACUGCACAGCUUAGAGCAGACAUCUCCAGGACUCAACCAGCAGCCGCAGAACCUCAUCAUGGCUUCGCUGCCUGGGGUCAUGACCAUUGGGACUGGGGAGCCCGCUUCCCUGGGUUCCACAUUCACUAACACAGGCGCCUCCACCUUGGUCAUUGGUCUGGCCUCCACUCAGGCACAGAGUGUGCCCGUCAUCAACAGCAUGGGCAGCAGUCUGACCACCCUGCAGCCGGUCCAGUUCUCCCAGCCACUGCACCCCUCCUACCAGCAGCCGCUCAUGCCCCCUGUACAGAGCCACGUGACCCAGAGCCCCUUCAUGGCCACCAUGGCCCAGCUGCAGAGCCCCCACGCCCUCUACAGCCACAAGCCUGAGGUGGCCCAGUACACGCACACAAGCCUGCUCCCGCAGACCAUGCUCAUCACAGACACCAACCUCAGCGCCCUUGCCAGCCUCACACCCACCAAGCAGGUCUUCACCUCAGACACAGAGGCCUCCAGUGAGCCUGGGCUUCAUGAACCAUCAUCUCCAGCCACCACCAUCCACAUCCCCAGCCAGGACCCAUCGAGUAUCCAGCACCUGCAGCCGGCCCACCGCCUCAGCACCAGCCCCACCGUGUCCUCCAGCAGCCUGGUGUUGUACCAGAGCUCCGACUCAACCAACGGUCAUAGCCACCUGCUGCCAUCCAACCAUGGUGUCAUCGAGACUUUUAUCUCCACCCAGAUGGCCUCCUCCUCUCAGUAACCAUGGUGACUGUCUCUCAGGAGCUGGGUCCCCAGAGCCUGCACUUCCUGCAUAGGGGGCGAGAAGGGAACGGCCAUGCUGCCUGGAGGACAUCUGAGCCUGCCAUGUGUUUCCUACCAUAGGCUCCUGGCCUUCCCAGAAGUCUUUGCUUUCAUCCCAUGGUUACUCCUCCAGCAUCAGAGAGGGAUGGCUCUCUGCUGUCUCAGCUGAGAAGGGGACCACACAAGGCUGGAAGACAGCCUGAUCUGGGAAGUGUUUUGGAAGCUGCUUAGAACAGAAAACUUGCUACUUGGAACAGAAAAGGGAAGCCUGUGAUGCUGGCACCCCUAGUCAGAGUCUGCAGCCCCCACAGGAUCUCUGUGCUGAGCCCUGAGGCCCUAGUUCCACACAGCCGCCUUCUGUCUCUGGUGCAUCCCCAGGGCCAUUCCACCCUGCGCCAGCACCUAUCUGUGGAACACUCGCCCCACCCCAAACAGCCAUUUUCCAAGUAGCUAUUCUGUGAGGCCUGGGAGCUAAGGGGAAGGCACAAAGGGCUCGUCUAGGCUCUCUGGAACUGAGCCACCCGCUCCCAGCUCCAGGACCGCAUUUACUCCCUCUGAUGGACAUGUCUUCUGAUGCCAGCCUCAUUUCUUGCCUCCACUAGAAAAGCCGCUUCAAAGAUAGGGGUUGUCAUCCCUGUUCCUUAGGAUGUGUGACUCGCCAUGUCCCGGGCCAUCAGCUCCUCUGGUUUUAGGGCCCUGCAAACUCUUCCUUCCUGGUGCAAGGGAGGCAGAACUCAGAAGGCAAGUCUGGGCAGUGUCUGGUGGAGAAAAUGCUGAGAGCAGCCGAGAAAUCACCUACAUGGCCUGGGCUGAAAGCCAGGCUGAGGAACCCGAGGUCUUG